UUUAAAUGGAGCUCCAGGAAAGAGUAGCGGUUCCAAUUUUCACUGAAGUGGACCGGGAUGUGUUUCUGAACGAGGUUUAUCCCGGGCGAAGCCCGGCGGUCCUGCGGGGCGUGGAUCUGGGCCCGUGUGUGGACAGGUGGACGGUUGAAUACCUGGCGAUGAAAGGAGGUCAGAGGGAGGUGAAGAUCCACGUCUCCUCCGUACCUCAGAUGGAUUUUCUUCAUAAAAACUUCAUCUACAGGACUCUGCCAUUUGAUGAGUUCGUCAAAAAAGCAGCUGAGACCAAACACUCUGACUUCUUCCUGGCUGAGGAGGAGAGCUACUACCUCCGCUCACUGGGAGAGGACGUCCGGAAGGAACCCGCUGACCUGAGCAGACAAUUCCCGGACCUGGCUGAGGACUUUCACACGCCGCGGUACUUUGAGCCGGACCGGUUCUUCUCCAGUGUUUUCCGGAUCAGCUCCUGCGGUCUGCAGCUGUGGACCCACUAUGACGUGAUGGACAACCUGCUGGCUCAGGUCACAGGAAGGAAGAGGGUCGCCCUCUACAGGCCCCAGGAUGCAUUGCACCUCUACCUCAACGGUGACAAAUCAGAGGUUCUGGACAUCGAUGCUCCAGAUCUGAAACGGUUUCCUGAGUUCAUAAAAGCCAAGAGAUACGACUGCGUUCUGGAGCCUGGAGAUCUGCUUUUCAUCCCCGCGCUGUGGUUCCAUAACACCCUCGCUCUGCACUUUGGAGUUGGCGUUAACAUCUUCUGGCGCCACCUGCCUGCAGACGCGUACGACAAGAAGGACCCGUACGGCAACAAAGACCCGGUGGCUGCUGCUCGGGCGCUGCAGACUCUGGAGAGGGCGCUGCACGCUCUGGACGAGCUUCCGGCGGAGUACCGGGACUUCUACGGCCGGCGGAUGGUCCAACGCGUCCAGAAUCGGACUUACUGCCACAAUCCAGAGUCAGAAACUACAUUACCCAGAAGUCUGUCCCACAAACCUGGACGAGUGUCUAAAGAUCUAUGAAGCAACGGAAACAGAGAACAUCAGUUAGUUCUUUGUAUAAAUAUUGGUAAAGUUUCACUUCUUGGUUUAAUUUAUUCAGAAUAAACAAAUUUGUCUGGAAAAAAGACAAAAACAUCAAGAAAUAAGAAAUUUUUUACUUCUGUCUCUUCUAGAAAGUUCUCUAAAUAGCUGUUGGACCAGAGAAUUAAAACAUUUUCAUCAGAUCAAUGUUAUUUUCCUCAUAUUUUACUUUAAAGCAUUUUUAGGUUGGCUAGAAAUCAUCACUUCUUAAGAUGCUACGUCUGACUAGCCUCACAAUAAUAAUAAUAAACUGAUUAGUAUCUUAACACUAGAAGACCUUCAGGAAAUCAGAUUCAGUUUUUGAGGAUUUCUCCCGGUAAAAUAAAGAAAAUGUUUUUGUUCUUACCGGAAACUGUGGCGCCAUCUAGAGUCGGGUCAGAACCGCCUGCUGCAAAUGUGACUGCAAGAGGAAAUGGCUCCCAAAGUUCAGCAGAUUUUAUGCAAUAAAAUCUGAUUUUUAGUCACUAGAGUCACUGAAACGCAACAAACAUCAUGCUAACAUGUUAGCAUUAACAGCUAAUGUGUCUCACACUAAUAAUCAUUGCUUAAACUUUUAUUUUUUUAAAUAAUCUUUUUCUUAUUUUUAUGUAAAUGAAUCGAGAUCCUUUAAAUAAAAACACAACAUGAAGGAGUUCCAAUUAUUCUGAUGGGAAUUUCUUUCAGAUUUCAAAUGCAUUUUGGCUAAUGCUGCUAACAUAGAAAUCAUAACAGCUAAUCUAACAAACUAGAGCUAAAAUGUUAGCUGGUGCUAGUAUGCUAACCAAUGUCAACUUUCCAAGGGAUUCAGU